AUGUCACCUGCUGAAACUUCAAUAUCGGCCGUUCCCCAAUACAAAGGGAAUAUAGACUCACGCGAAUUGCCAUGGGUGGAAAAAUAUCGACCUCGUCUUCUCAAGGACAUUGUUGGCAACGAGGAGACUGUGUCGAGACUCCAAAUUAUCGCAAAGGAGGGUAACAUGCCGCAUAUGAUACUAGCCGGUAGUCCUGGAAUCGGCAAGACGACUAGCGUCCAAUGCCUGGCUUACGAGUUAUUGGGCGAUAGCGUAAAGGAUGCCGUAUUGGAACUAAACGCAUCCGAUGACAGGGGAAUAGACGUAGUUAGAAACAGAAUAAAGACGUUUGCGCAGAAAAAAGUCACUCUCCCGCCUGGAAAACACAAGAUUAUAAUACUCGAUGAAGCCGACAGCAUGACGUCUGCUGCGCAACAAGCUCUUCGUCGAACAAUGGAAAUAUACUCUCAAACCACACGCUUUGCUUACGCUUGCAACACUUCAUCCAAAAUAAUCGAAGCAAUUCAAUCUCGUUGUGCCAUCUUGCGUUAUGCACGUCUUUCCGAUGAUCAAAUACGCAAGCGUCUCGAAGAAAUCUGCUCGUUCGAGAAUGUCGAAUAUAGUGAUGACGGUUUGAAUGCGAUUGUUUUUACGGCUGAAGGCGAUAUGCGUCAGGCCAUCAGUAAUUUGCAGAGUACAGUUUCUGGAUUUCGCUUUGUGAAUUCGGAUAAUGUCUUUAAAGUCUGUGAUCAACCUCAUCCCGUCCUUGUCAAAAAAAUUAUUGAUAAUUGUAUCAAAGGUGAAGUUGAUCCUGCUAUAGAGGACCUGACAUUCUUAUGGAAGCAAGGGUACAGUGCGCUCGAUCUUGUUAGCACUUUAUUUAGAGUGGUAAAAUUCUAUUCCGAUAUUGAUGAGCAUUUAAAGUUGGAGGUGUUAAAGGAGAUCGGGUUUACUCAUAUGAGAAUUCUUGACGGUGUUCAGAGUUUGGUUCAGUUGUCAGGAUUAAUCGCAAAGCUAUGCAAAAAAUCAAUGCCACAGGACGAAUUUCCUGUUUAA